AUGUCAUCAUGGACCAGGGAACUGGAUGAGGCUGCCAUCCUAGCAACGAGGCAAGGGUGGUGGCAUGUCCUGCUGUUUUAUUUGCUCUGUGGCCUUGCUGCAAUACCGACUUCGUUCUUGGUAUUUUCACAGGUAUUUACAAACGCAACUCCGGAGCAUUGGUGUGCUGCCCCACCAGAACUGAGGAUCCUGGGCCUGGAAGACCAGCUCUUUCGCAAUCUAACUGUACCAAGGCAACAUGGCGUAUACGAAAGUUGUAAAUCUCAUUACGUCGAUCCUGAGAAGUUCUUUGAUGCUCUACAUGAGAUACAAAAUAGGUCACAGAUAACCAAUAUCCAUGAGCUAGAUUAUGCAAAUGUAUCGAUACCUAUCUUAAGUGAUCUCGUGCUCGCUGUUAGAAGCAAUGACACAAUUGCUUGUCAAAAUGGAUGGAGUUUUAGUACGAGUCUAUAUAAGCGGACUUUAGUGUCUGAGUACUCUUUAGUAUGUGACUCCGAUUGGUUACCUCGUACCAGCAACGCGUUGUUCUGGGUCGGAUCAAUUUUUGGAAAUCUUUUCUUCGGAUGGAUGUCAGAUAGAUAUGGCCGUCGCCCGACUAUCAUCCUCAUGAUAUUCCUUCAAGUGCCACUGUCAAUAGCCACAUCGUUUCCAGGAAGUUAUUGGACUUACAUAGUACUGAGGAUAUUUUGUGGCUUAUUUUUCCCAGCCUUAUAUCAAUUGCCUUUUAUUUUGGCUUUGGAAUUGAUGCCACCAGCGCAGCGUACAAACGCAGGAAUUGUAGUGGGAAUGCUCUUUGCUACUGGAAUGUGCUUACUGGCAUUUCUUGCAUAUCUUCUACGAGACUGGUAUUAUAUAUCAUUGGCUACAAGCAUACCGUUCAUUCUACUUUAUGGAUUCGUUUUCAUUCUGCCCGAGUCUCCAAGGUGGUUAGUCGGACGAGGAAGAAUUGCGGACGCAGAAAAAGUCCUUAGAAAUAUAGCUGGGAAGAAUAAUAUAGCCCUGCCCCGUGGCUUUCUUUUAGAAUUACAUAAAACAAUAAAAGAGGAGGACGAACUCGAACUGUCAAAUGGUCGAGUACCAAACAUGAGGAGAACGUCUCUACGAGACCAGCAUAUAGAACGAAGAAUAAGCAAUAUGACCACUUUCAAACCAGAUUUCAAAAGGAUUGCAGAAAUAAAUGAAGAAAUUAACGAACGUAAUUCUUUAUUAAACGUUAACAAUACAACUGAAAAACCAGUUGAAAUAGACGAAAACGAAUCUCAGACUUCAAAUAAAACUAACACUAUAGAUAGCGGUGUUAUAACACAAAUGAGUUUUUUAAGACGAAAAUCUAUUCAAAUAGUUAAUAGACUUAUAAGCUAUGAAGAAGAUGACGAUGUGUUUGAGAAUAAAAUCAUGGAUGAUCAGAAUUCUGAAGGGGAUUGCAAAGCGUCUCCGCUGGACGUGUUCCGAUAUCCCAAUAUAAGGAAGAAAUUCCUGAUCUUAACUUUCAAUUGGGUGGCUAUUGGCGUUGCCUAUAAUAGUCUAAGUUAUAAUACGCCUAAUCUCGGUGUUGAUGAUUAUUUAGCUUUCUUUAUAGGCGGCGCAGUAGAAUUGCCAUCGUAUUUUAUAGCAUGGAGAUGCAUUGAACGAUAUGGACGAAGAUGGGUAUUCUUUUGUUUCGCAAUAAUUGGUGGUAUAGCGUGCGUCAGUUGCGCCUUAGUUCCCGAAGAAUAUCCCUGGGUGACUGUAUCCCUUGCCAUGCUGGGAAGGUUAUCAGCGGCGGCAUCGUUCGCAGUGUUCUACGUCCAGAUUGGCGAACUUCUGCCCACUGUGUUGCGAGCACAGGCCAUGGGUGCUGCAUCUUUUAUUGCCGGGGUGGGUCUACUCGCCUGCCCCUAUAUUGUUUAUUUGGCGGUAAUUUUUAAAUCUCUACCAUUGCUUAUUAUUGGCAUAUUGAGCAUCGCAGCCGGCUUUACGACCCUAUUUCUACCAGAAACUCUGAACCAACCACUUCCACAAACGUUAGGUGAUGGAGAGCUUUUUGGACGGGAUUUUAAAAUAUUAAGUUGUGUACAGAAAGAGGAUGCCUAA